GUGUAAGAAAAGGGGAGAGACUACAAUAGUAGCAGAAAAAUGGAAAAGACUGCAAUGAAAUUGUCAUUCUUUGUUGCCCUCCUGUUUUGUAUAGCUGGUUCAGAGAUAAGAAUUGCGGACGGAAUCCCAUACAGAUGCGUUGUUGUACCAAAUUGCAUCCAAUGGUGUAUCGACCAGGGAUGUCAAAUUUGUACUUGUUUAAAGCAUCAGUGUAUUUGUCGCGAAAAUAUUGAUAAUAUUGUCACUUCUAAUGAGACACAUCAGAUCACUAGUUCUCUGUCUUCGACGAAACAGUAGAACUUUAUGGAAAUAAUGUUGUAUUGUGAUGAUGGACUCUAUAUUAUGGAGUGAGCUUGAAG